ACGGAGGAUGCCUUUCAUCAGACCAGUGUCUGGGCCAGUGUUCAGGCCGGUCUUCAGAUCAGCAUCAAGCAUCCGAUCUGAAAGCAGCGAUGUGGACGUGCUCGCGGGUGUUGAGUUGGCUAAACUUCAGCGCCAGGUCCGUAUCUUAGAGAACAACCGUCGUUCCUAUAUUGUGGAAUCUCGUGAAAUCAUGCGUCGACAAAUGGACCAGGUGAAGCGCCUGCGGAAGGAGAAUGAAGACCUAGUACGCAGGUUAGCUGUGGCUCGGAACCGCAUCAACCAGAAGGGGGAUAAAUCCAAAUUCAACACUCUCCGUUCCCUGUUGAGGCAGCGGGAUGAGGUGGUACAGCAAAUCACUGAAGAGAAGAAGCAUAUAGCCCUUCUUGAUAAGGAGAUCCAAGUUUGGAAUAAACGUUUGGAUGACCAAAAGCAAUCAGUAGGCAGAGCGAGACAGCUCCGGCAACAGAAAAUCCAGUUGCAGAAGAGGACACGGAUAGUAAAUAACCAGCUAUACAAGGUCUCUACAGAUUUUAGUUCUCGGAUGGCCUUGAAUUCACAGCUACGUGAUGAUAUAACAACUCUUCAGAUUGAGCACAAACGCUUUGAACAGCUUUACAAGCAGCUAGAGACGGAGAUGCUUGAGGCUCGUAAAGCCGUUGCAACCAUUGUCAGCACAUCCGCUGCCGCCAAUGAAGCAAGGGAUGAAGCACAGGCUCGUCUCACUCAACUGAAAGAAAAGGCAGAGAGAGAUCGACGGCAAUAUGAAAUAGAAAUGAAAGAGUUGCUCCGCCUCCAAGAAAAUGACCGCCGUAUGUCUGAAUUCAUUGCGAUUAAGCUUCAAGAGAGAGCUAUGACUGAAGAGGCAUUACUAGCUAAGAAGAAGAACGAGGAAAAGCGCAAACAUGAGAACCCGGAGGAGGAGCAGCUUAAAUCUUAUAAUGAUGUCGUGAAUAAAAUUCUGGAAUUGACUGGGACAUCAGACCUCAAGGCUGCAUUGGACAGAUACACUCAAGUGGAAGAGCGGAACUUUGCCCAGUUCAACUAUGUCAAUGAGCAGAACAACCAGAAGGAGCUGUUACAGGAACAAAUCAAACAGCUCCGCCAUAAGAUAGAGGAGGUCAAAAAGCGGGAGCAGGAGAAGGAGGCAGAGCGAUGUUUACAACUUAAGCAGAUUGAAGCCCGACAGGAGAAAGCUGCCAAAAAGGCAAACUACCUUGAAUCUAAGCUUAAAAGUGCCAGCAAGAUUUGGGAGCAGCUCAAAAAUGGCAUUGAGUCUCUGUUUGGGAAGCUGCAGUGUGAUCAGGCAGCACUGGAACACAUUCUAGGGGGGACAGCAACUGUUCGGAGUGAAAAUGUUCCACUCUAUCUGUGCUCAAUUGAAAAGAAGACCAGUGAGCUAUUGGCAAUGUAUUCCUUAAAGCGUUCUGAGGAACAAGACAAGCCUUUUGAUACUGUGGAAACAGUCCAACUGUUUUUGGGGCAAAAAUUUCAGAAGCUGCCUCAAGCGAUCAACCUGCGGCCACCUACUACUGGGCAUAAGCAUGAUCCCAUAGCAGAAGAAGACCGGAAACCUUUAACACACAAAGAGCUCAAAGAAAAAGUUAUGAAGGAUAUUCUCAGCAAACCACCAGCACUUACACUAAAGAAAAGCAGUCAAUCGGAUAUCGGCAAUGUGCGUCAUGGGUCAAGUGCAACAAAGAAGCGCGGGCCAGUCAUCCUCUCGAUUUGAAUAGGAAUGUAUUCACAGUCUGGCUCAUGACAUGCCACGGACAGAAGCCAGGCUCUCAUGGACAGGGUUGCCUUAAAGUGUGAUCUCCUCCCUGUUUCAUUGCCCUUAACACCAGCGACUUCAGCAGCAACCUUACUCACAGUUGGAUGGCAAGUGUGCCUUGUUGUAACUUUUGGCCUGCAGGGAACUUGGUCUGUCAGGUGGAUCUUGGAACAUCUUUCUUCCUCUUGAGAAGUGCCUUCUUACCUGAUUUGGAUAGAUGGAUUGUGUCAUUGAUACCAAACAUUCGCGGCCUGUAUAGUAACAAAACUCUUCAGUCUGUUACCAUGUUGUACUCAAGUUCCUCAACUUGACUCCACUUCCUCUUGCAAAGAGAUAAUGUCUUUUUAACUCCCUUUUUAAUACUGGUAUUUAUAUUUGUAAUCUGUCCUAUAAAGGAAGUUGUCCAGUGGGGUCUUUCAUCUAGCAAACAGACACUUGAAGUUAGUCUGUGGGCAAGACAGUCCAGCUCCCUAAUAUUAAAAAGGUCACUGUUGAACAAGAAGCAGUUAGCUGAAGGGUAGGUUGCUGUGAGUUUUUUUGGGCUGUGUGGCCAUGUUCCAACAGCAUGUUUCACCUGCAUCUGUGGCUGGCAUCUUCAGAGGUCUGGUGGAAGUGAGGCAAGUGGAGUGUCCAGGUUGGGAGAAAGAAUGUCCAGGUUGGGAGUAAGAACCCAUUUCUGUUUAAAGCAAGUGUGGAUGUUGCAAUAAGCAACCUUGAAUGAGCAUUUGAGUAGCCAUGGAGUUUGCAAAGUCGGUCAGUGAGGGUAUCUGCAUAGAGGUAAGGAGGCUACCUCUAUGGAGAUACCCCCACUGAUUGACUUUGCAGCUUCAUGGCUAUGCAGUGCUAUUCAAGUUUACUAAUUGCAACAUUCACACUUGCUUUAAACAGACAAGGGUUUUUUUUCUCCCACCCUGGAUAUUCCACACACACACACAUAUACACACACUCCACUUGCUUCACUGCCUAAAGAACCUCUGAAGAUGCCAGCCACAAAUGUAGCUGAAAUUUUAGGACAUAAUGCUGUUUGAACAUGGCCAUACAGCCCAAAAAACUCAGCAACCCAGUGAUUCUGGCAUUGAAGCCUUCAACAAUAGACUGAAGCUUACUUUGUCCCCCUACGGAUGUGCUGGCCAAAAAAACUCAAGUAUAUUUGCUUCCUCCUAUGAUUUGCUGAAGUCUCUAAAAUAGGAAAUAGGUCUUAAACAGAACAGCUGAGGCCCCAGAGGGAUUAUGCUGGGUGUGUUUAAAGCAUUUGGCUGCGUAUUUAACUCGCUUUUUUGGUGUUUCUUUUUUAAACCAAACUGUUAGCUUGUUCCUCAGAAAGACUGUGGUUUUUACCACGUGAGCAUCUAAUAUGAGGCUGUGUGAGUCCCUCUCACAGCGACUGUUUACCACUGUUAGUUGUAGCCUCUGUAACAGGGAGGAGAUCUGAUCGGGUAUGGGAGAGUCUUUAUUAUGUGGAAAUUUACAUGAAAGUAUUUUCAAGGCUCCACAUGUGAGGCAAAUUCCGUGUUAUUGCCUUGUUGUUGUUAAUGUUCUUUCAGUCCUGGUUUUAAUCCUAUUUUUUCCCCAAUAAAGAUAAGAGCCCUAUAGUUUGCUCCUUGCCAUGCAGCCUUCCCCAUUGUCCCUAUUUAUUUUUUCCUUAUAGUGUCCCAGAGUGGGCUUUCCUUACAUUGUCCCAGAGUUUUCAUAGUGUCCCAGAGAGGAAUCUUAGCCAAUACAUUCUUCUUGAAAAUUGAUGUAUUUCUUUAAUUUUGCCUUUAUUGUUUGGGGGGGAGGAGGGAGGGUUUUGUGCAAAAGGGAGAGUGGGACCAGAUGCCAGGACAGGCACUGUGAUAGGUGAGGUGUAAGAAUUUUUCUUGUUUUUUUCCUCCAUGUUAUCCAUGUAAAUUGAAAACUGUAUUAAAAUAUUUAAUUGCAAAAUA